UUGCCUGGGUCUCGCUCCCCACAUCCCAGCGGAGCCGAGUCGGGGAGGGACGCACUACACCAGCUCUCCGCCGACCCCCGGGCCUCGCCCCGCCCAUGGCCGCGCCGGGACCCCGCGCCUUACGGGUCGCGCUCUGCGGCGGCUGCUGCUGCCUUCUCCUGUGUGCCCAGCUCGCUGUCGCCGGUAAAGGAGCUCGAGGCUUUGGGCGGGGAGCCCUGCUCCGCAUGAACAUCUGGCCAGCUGUCCGAGGGGCCUGCAAACAGCUCGAGCUCUGUGAGCAUUGUGUGGAGGGGCACAAAGCACACAACCUCUCUGGCUGCGUGUGGGAGCAGUGUCGGCCAGAGGAGCCAGGACACUGUGUGGCCCAAGCUGAGGUGGUCAAGGAAGGUUGUUCUGUCUACAAUCGCUCAGAGUCGUGUCCAGCUGCCCACCACUACCCCACCUAUGAACCAAAACCAGUCACAACAGCAACCCGCUAUGACCUGCACCCUGCAGGGAGCCCCCCAGUUCCCGAAGCCCACAGCCCUGGCUUUGAUGGGGCCAGCUUCAUUGGGGGCGUUGUGCUGGUGCUGAGCCUGCAGGCAGCGGCCUUCUUCGUCUUACGCUUCCUCAAGGCCAAGGACAGCACCUACCAGACACUAAUCUGACCCCCCUUCAGGCCUGGAUUCCGCAGGGGAAGGAGGACGAAGAGGCUGCCCUCUUGGCCCCCUUGUAGGCACUGGGGGUGGGAAAAACUUUGGCCACCAAUGUCUGGCCCCUGUGGGCUAUCAAGCAGGCUCGUGCUUCCUGUCCUGGGCCUGGUACCUGCACUGAGAGCAUUCUUCGACCACCUCCUGUCUUAUCCAUCAUGCCUGCAGGCCCCCUGCCUGGCACGGGGUCUGUGCCUGCCCCUUCCCACCCACCUGGCCUGGCACUGCCCCCAAAUAAAAGAACUCUUUCCAGCA